AAAUGUUCUAUACGUCUUCGUGGUAUGAGCUCAAAAUUGGAUGAUGCAUCGUUCACGAAAGCUUCGGAAUUUUCGAAAACAGUUCCGCAUUCUGAAACGAUAAAAAACGAUGUGAUUUAUUGUCGUAUAUGCUUGGGGUCCAGUGACUUUGAGGAACUGAUAAGCCCUUGCUAUUGUGCAGGAACAAUUGGAAUUGUUCACCAACGGUGUUUGGAGAAGUGGUUAAACUUGUCUCGAUCGAAAACCUGUGAAAUUUGCGGUUUCACUUUUGAAGUUUUGAAACAUUAUCCUCACUUUUGUAAGUGGUUAUGGAUGGGAGGGAAAGGAGAUGGGAUACACCGUCGCAGAUAUUUAUGGACAGAUUUAAUUUGCCUGCUAAUCAUGAUACCUUUGCUCACACUGUGCGCAUGGUUAGCAAUUUCUUCGAAUCAGGAUGAAAAAAGUGCUAACUCAAGAAGGUUUCCAUGGCAGUCCUUUUUUCUUGGAUUAUUAUGCAGUCUUCUUCUUUUAGUAUUUAAUAUUUGGUUAAUGUUUUCUUUUCGAUAUCAUCAUCAAUCAUGGAAACUUUGGCGUAAAGAACAGAGUUAUAUUGUUUUAUCAGAAAGUGUUAAAAGAAAAAAGGUGAUGGACAUAAAACGUGAUCCACAAAAUCCAAAUUUAAUUAUUCAGAAUAAUAAACAAGAACAAAAUCAACAAUUAAAGCGACUAGAUAUGCUUGAGUCAAAUGAAACAAGUAUGAAACCAAACAAGACCAUAGAUGAUUCUGAACUAGCAAUUAAUAGAAUACGGCAACAAUGUUUAAACGCUGAAAGCUAUUCUGGACCUAUAUGGAAUAUGAAGUCAGAAAUUUGUGAUGAAAUAACUAAUACUGGAGGGAUUGAUUCAACGAUGAUACAUAACAAGUUAAAAACAUUAUCAACUGAAGAGGUAACGGUCAAGGAAGAUAGUCAUACUGAACAUGUUGUGCAGACAGAACCAAUGUCAUUUAGAAGUUCUUUAUCUGUUUUUACAGUACCAACAGAAUCCUGUGUAAAUGAUACGCUAAAUGAAGCAACAAAAUGACAGGAAGUAUAUACACUUUGAAAAAAUAUUAUCUCGCAGGAAAGGUGACAUAUUCCUUAUUUUUUAUCAACUAGAUUGUAUAGUAAUCACAAACAACAAGAAGACUUUACACUGUGUUCAGUCCUAUGAUAAAGAUUUCUGCUUCAUUUUUAUAACUGACUUAAUUUAUAUUUAUCAUUUGCGAUUCAGAUUGAUAACUGGGAGAAAAUUUAGUAUUUUCCUAAUCAUUGUACAACUUCACUUUCAAUUUUAACGAUUUUGUUCAAUUACUAAAAAGGCUAACCACUAAUGGAUGAUUGAUUUUGAUUAUAACUAAGCGACAACAAGGAAAAUUGAUAAAGAUAAAAGUUAACAUUAAUUGUGUUGUUGGUCAUAUUGUUUUCCGAUAAACAAAAGCUUAUGUAAUGAAAAUCCAAGUAAAACGUAACCAGUCUUUCAGCCAUAAAAACAAUUAAUUUUGAUAGCCAAUGUACAACUGAGUAGAUGUUAUCAUUCGGAGAUUUUGUAAUAUUUUCUUUAAAUAAAAAAGAGUAACAAGCG